AUGCGUGCCAACUUUCCGCUUUUCAUUCGCUCUGCUACAAGCUGCAAAAAUGCUGUUAUCGAGAAGGUAACAAGUAGCAGAGCUGUUGCGCCAGACUUGUACUUGGAUCCAUCGAAAUGGAAGGCUUUGAAGCCGGAGCAGAUUUUUGGCUUAUACAGAGAGAGAAUCGUGAAAUUGGGCUCGCAAUAUAAGCCCUGUAAGACAGAGCUAGAUGCACUUUUGUCCACAGCGGAGCACACUGGGGUUUCCGCUAAAUCCAUCAGAGCCAUGUAUUACGGCGGAGAACAGGCUGCUUUCGAUCUUGCAGGUACCAACAUGGAAGACGAUUACCGGCCCAAGCCCUUCAUGUUUGACGAUUUGCCAUCUCAGGCACAAACAUUGGUGCAACAGCAUCGUGAGCAACGUUUUUACAACAGACUGGCCGCCUACGAGCUUCCCACGUUGGUACAGUACCGCCGGGAAUACAAGAGACCUUCACCACGUACCAACCCAGUCACUUAUAGGUAUACCACUUAUAUUGGCGAAGAGCAUCCAAACUCACGCAAAGUGGUUAUGAGCUUGAGAACCAAGGAUCUCGAGCUCAGCGACAAGGAAACCCACAAGUUCCGUCUGCUAGCACAAACUCGUUACGAUCAUUUAACAGAUAUUUUCAAAAUGUCUUCCGAUCGGUACCCUGAAGCCGCGCAAAACGCCCGCUAUUUGAGCGACACUCUACAGGCUCUCAUCAAAGAGGCUAAAGAUACUAAAGACGAUUUUGCCGAUGUUCCUCUGGACACUAGACACACAAUAGCCAAGAAUCUGCGCAAAAAGACACGCAACUUUGAGUUCCCCGAAGAAUGGAAACGUCCUCAAGACGCGCCAAAAGGGCUAGCAAACCUGACAGACCUGCUUCAGCAGCAACUGGAGAAAUCGUGA